AGAAGCGGCAGCAGCGGAUCCAGACGGUGCUGGAUUCCUGCGCCAUCCAGUACGAGCUGAUCGACAUCACGGAGGCGGGCUGUGAGGAUGAGCGCAAGUUCAUGCAGGAGACGGGCCACGGCCAAGGAGGGCGAGCGGAACCCGCUGCCGCCGCAGAUCUUCAACGACAAGGACUACUGCGGGGACUACGACGGCUUUGACGUAGCGAAUGAGACAGAUCAGCUGCACCAGUUCCUGAAGCUGAGUGAAGGAGAGGUGAACACGGCUCAGGAUAUCCUCAGUGCGAACAGGAGGUCAUCAAGUAGAGAGGUGGGCAACGGAGACAACCAGCAGGAGAACGCCGACAAGGAGGAAUGAGCCGGCGAGCGCCGCGUGACCCCCCGGCGGCUCCCCGGGCCAGUCGUGUCCCGCCGGCGGCAGUGUUUUUAUACCGUGGUGACAAGGUCAGGGCCGCUUGACGGGACACAGCCUGCACGUGCGCGGCUCAGCGGCAGCGCCGCUGGGCGCUCGUCGAAUGGGACACUGCUCAGCUUGCUAAAAUGCAGGGACUUUCGGUUCAAGUGGCGUACAAAAUCAAUUGAUUCCGUUCAACGACCCGGCGCAGGAGGCCGGCGUGUUCAUUGCCAUCGAAAGCGCCGGUCGGCUGGGCGCCCUUGGACAUCCUACUUUAUGUUAUGUUAUCGCUUUGUAGCUUUACGACCGACCGCCUUGCCGCCGUCUGUUUUCGUGUACCCUUGGGUUCUGUGCAGUUACCCUGUGCAAGAUAAUCGUAGCCCCGCCAGGUCGCUUGCCACUAAGUGGCGCGCCGCCUGGCGCCGUGCUGCCCUGGUCUUUGACCAGUCAUAUCCGAAUUCGUAGUAACGAGCUAGUGAUUAUUUGAGGCCGCCGGCAGGUGAUGAGCGGUGCGCUUGUUUCGCUUGCCCUGACCUUUUAGUGUAGGAUUGUUGCCAUUAUAUUCUGUCCUGCUUUGCUGUUGCAUAUUUUGGUACAGCUGGUACCGCUCCUUGCCAUUUUGUCAUGUUGUGCCCUAAUUCUGCGGAUUGCAACAAUAAACGUGCUCAGAAA